AUGUGCACCCGGUGCAAAGUCAACAAGCCCGUAGAGUCAUCUGCUAGCGAGACGGUUUCCCGUGACGGUCUUGACAGCAUUUGUAAGGCUUGUAGAAAGAGCUCCAACAAAGAGGCAUACAGGCGCCGGGUAUCCACAAGGCCUGUCAAACUGUUGAAUAAGAUGAGGCCUGCUGACGUCAUGGUCACCUGGCGCUGCCAGCCUGUGGGGCGGAGUCCCAACGUAAAUGCACUGCCGCCGCAUGUUGCUCCAGCCAAUGGGGAGAUGUGUGCGGUAGAUAUGAGAGGCGGCCCUGAAGGCUCGGAGGGCAUCGCCGACCUCAUCAAUGCGCGCACGACCCAGACUGACGAGAGUCCGUUGUUGACAGUGCAAAGUGACCGGGCCAUGGUGACCGACAUUCCUGGCAUCACUCUGGACGUGGUGGAGGCAGCGGUGUCGGUCGGGGGGAUCCCUCUGUACCUGCUGAACACGGUCUGCAUCCGAUCCACGUCAGACAGGCGUGGAGCGCUCCAAGGACGCCGCUGCGGGCGCUGUCGUGGUCGUAAAGGUGGUGUUCGCACGGCGGGUCGCCACGUGUGCUCGGGACGGAGUCGGUCUGGAGAGCGGGCGCUGUUAAACAUUGUUGGUGCGGGGGUGGCGGCAGCGGAGGGCAUCUCACGGGCGGUGAAACAGCGGCAAGCGGAGCAGCUAGUGCGCGCGAGUGAGGCCCUCCAGCGCCUGGUUGCAAGCAUCGAUGACGACUUACCAGUCGACUUUGGGAAGGUCGACGUGCGCGAGGCAGCGCUCGCACUACGUAAGAGUAGUGGGGAUGACGUCACGGAGAAGGUGCUCGACGGCAGGUUCAGAAGGAAAGUGACAAGUCGAGAAGUAUUUUAUAGAGUGCGGAAUAUCAAAAAGAUGGUGCAGACACCGUACGAUAGGAAUCAACACAGUCGUGAGCUGAAGGUUCCUGGCGGCAUAGUGUAUGCAUGAUCUUAAAAGUGGCUUCUCAGAAACAUACUAUAACGACCAUCCGAUCUGCAUGCGAU